CAGAAGGGUCCUACACACCAAUGCGGAAGACGUGACAGAUUGGAAAGCCCUACAAGGGAGGAAAACUUCAACGACUGCAAAUUGGACAAUAUUAACUCUUUAGCCGUUAUUUUGUUAUAAACAGUAAACACUGCAGUAACCGUCACCAUGAUUUUGUUGGAGAUAAAUAAUCGGAUCAUAGAAGAAACAAUAUCUCUUAAAUUUGAGAGUGCAUCCAACGGGAACAAGCCUGAGGCAGUAGAAGUUACAUUUGCAGAUUUUGAUGGGGUCCUUUACCAUAUCUCCAAUCCUGAUGGAGACAAGACCAAACUGAUGGUCAGCAUUUCGCUGAAGUUCUACAAGGAGUUGCAGGACCAUGGAGCAGAUGAGCUGCUGAAGCGGAUGUAUGGAAAUUACCUGGUGUCACCUGAGUCAGGGUACAACGUGUCCCUGCUCUAUGACUUGGACAAUGUGCCCUCUAACAAAGAGGAGGUGGUCCACCAAGCAGGCAUGCUGAAGAGGAACUGCUUUGCCUCUGUGUUCGAGAAGUACUUCAAGUUCCAGGAGGAGGGCAAAGAGGGUCAGAGCAGAGCUGUGGUCCACUACAGAGAUGAUGAGACAAUGUACCUUGAGGCAAAGAAAGACAGAGUCACCGUGGUCUUCAGCACAGUGUUCAAGGAUGAUGACGAUGUCGUCAUUGGGAAAGUGUUCAUGCAGGAGUUUAAGGAGGGCCGGCGUGCCAGCCACACGGCCCCCCAGGUGCUCUUCAGCCACAGGGAGCCUCCCCUGGAGCUCAAGGACACUGAUGCCGCGGUGGGAGACAACAUCGGCUACAUCACAUUCGUUCUGUUUCCUCGUCACACCAGCGCCAAUGCCAGAGACAACACCAUCAACCUCAUCCACACCUUCCGCGACUAUCUGCAUUAUCACAUAAAGUGCUCCAAGGCCUACAUUCACACACGCAUGAGGGCUAAGACCUCCGACUUCUUAAAGGUUCUGAACCGUGCCCGUCCCGAUGCUGAGAAGAAAGAGAUGAAGACUAUCUCGGGUAAGACCUUCUCUCGCUAAGGAUGCGUGCGCAGACUUGAACAGGCUUGGGGACAUGGCGAGACACGCAUCCGCAGUUCCAUGCCUCACUGGACUAGAUCAACCUCCCUGUCUCUGGCCAGUGCUCUGGGUCCCCCAAGAGAUGUCCACGCUUCACAAGGGAGGACUACAAUUUGUUGCUUUGCAUUCCUUGGAUAAAUAUUUGAUGCAAUUAUAUGACAAUAUGAACAAAUGAAUUUUUUGAUACAGUAUGACCUUGUAUUCCAUUUGGUACUCUUGCCUUGCAUUCUUUCUUAGAUUGUGUUUGUUUUAACAACGCAGUAUUCACCAGACCUGCUACUCUCAUUCUAUUCGCUCAAAAUCACCUGUCCCGUUUUGGAAAUCAUGUGAUGGUAAAGAAUAAACCAGUCUUGUUACAAA